ACCGUCGAACCCUGUUCUGAAACCCAGACAUCAUUAACCCUUCCCUCCCGCAAUCUUCGAAGGCAGUUUCUACCGGCGAAGACCGAUCGCUUGAAAUGGAAACCUGCCCUUUGGUUAAGAACAUUCUGCUAUUGGAUUCUGAAGGGAAACGUGUGGCUGUUAAGUACUGUUCAGAUGAUUGGCCUACAAAUUCUGCAAAGGAAGCUUUUGAGAAAGCCAUAUUUAACAAGACUCAAAAGACAAAUGCCCGGACAGAAGCUGAGGUAACAAUGUUUGAAAAUUACAUUGCUGUUUACAAAUUUGUACAAGAUCUUCACUUCUACGUUACUGGGGGUGAAGAUGAAAAUGAGCUCAUCUUAGCUUCUGCUCUUCAAGGUUUCUUUGAUGCUGUGGGUCUUCUACUCAGAGGCAAUGUGGAUAAGAAGGAGGCUCUUGAAAAUUUGGAUCUCAUUCUUCUAUGUCUGGAUGAAAUUGUAGAUGGCGGUAUAAUUCUUGAAACGGAUGCAAAUGUUAUUGCUGGGAAAGUUGCAAGCAACAGUAUUGAUGCGGGAGCACCUUUAUCUGAGCAGACGAUAGGUCAAGCAUUGGCUACUGCUCGGGAACAUUUGACAAGAUCCCUUCUGAAGUGAAUGCCUUGAGCUUAAGUUUUGGAGGAAAAGGAGACAUUUAUGCUGUUCUCGUUUUAAAGCAUCAAAAUAUCUUUAUUUAGUAGUAGGCAUGUUGUCUGUUUUCGGUCAAUGUAUCUGUCAGCUGCUGAUUUAUCUGCAGUAUAUGGGGAAUUUAAGUUUGAAAAUUACAUGACAUUGUGAACAAUUACUCUUGGCUCUUCGGUGACAUCUGGGGUAAAAUGGUGCCAGGAGGCUUUGUUAACCUGUUAUUUGUGCAAUGGCAAAAGAAAUUUUCUUCUUGUCUUUCAUGUUU